CACAGUGCUCAAAUCUCAAAAUAGACAAUACAAACAUACUUCCCCUGCACUUGCCGGCCUUCCUAUAUUGGCACCAGCUAAGUACACCUUCCAUUUUUCAUCUUCCCACCUAAUUACACUCCACCGCUGUUCCACCCUCUUUAGCAAAAAUCCAAAAAUCCAUAUUAUAACACUCCCACAAAAAGAUUACACCUGCAGAGAUUCACUUAAUCUUGUAAAUUUUCCCUUCAGAUUACACAACUCACUUCAGAUUGUUCAGAUGUCUCUAAAAUCUACACCAUUUUUAGACUUUCAUUUACAGCAAUGACAACAGCUUCAAUAUUCCUCCAUCGCUUCACCUCAUUUUAGUCAGAUCACCUAAAAUUUGAAAUGAAGAAGCUGAAAACCUAUUAUCUUCACCUUAGACACCCAACAACAAUGGAGCGGAAGUGGAUCUUUCCACUAGCCAUAGGCUCCAUUGUUUCCCUUUUCCUCUUAUUCCUCACAACCCUAACUUCACCGGACGGCACUCCUUUAUUACCCCUUUAUCGCUACUACUCUUCCUAUUCAGCCGCCGCCAACGUCUUCGUCGAAUCAAAGCUUAAACCUUUACCCAUCUCCGCCGUUCCUCCGCCGCCGCGAUUUGCUUACCUCAUCUCCGGCUCCGCCGGCGACGGCAACAUGACGAAGCGAACCCUUCAAGCUCUGUACCACCCGAAUAACCAGUACGUUGUGCAUCUCGAUGUUGAGUCAUCACCCGAAGAGCGACUCGAUCUGCGUAAUUAUGUGACUAAUCACCCGAUUUUUAAUAAAUUCAAGAAUGUAAGGAUGAUUACUAAAGCUAAUCUGGUCACUUACCGGGGCCCCACUAUGGUUGCGAAUACCCUUCACGCUGCUGCCAUUUUGCUCAAGGAAGGUGGUGAAUGGGAUUGGUUCAUUAACCUCAGUGCUUCUGAUUACCCACUUGUUACUCAAGAUGAUCUGCUUCAUACAUUUUCGUAUUUGCCCCGGGAUCUUAACUUCAUUGAUCACACAAGUAAAAUUGGCUGGAAGGAGUUUCAAAGGGCAAAGCCAAUUAUUAUUGAUCCGGGAUUGUACAUGACUAAAAAGGCAGAUGUUUUCUGGAUUACACAGAGAAGAAGUGUGCCAACAGCUUUUAAGCUUUUUACUGGGUCUGCCUGGAUGGUCCUUUCUCGCCCUUUCAUUGACUUCUGCAUAUGGGGAUGGGACAACUUGCCCCGGACUGUUCUUAUGUACUAUGCAAAUUUCAUCUCUUCUCCGGAAGGCUAUUUCCAUACUGUCGUCUGUAAUGCUCAGGAGUUCCGCAACACUACAGUAAACAGUGAUCUUCACUUUAUAUCAUGGGAUAACCCUCCAAAGCAACACCCACAUUACCUUACACUUGAUGACAUGCAAAGGAUGGUUGACAGUAAUGCUCCUUUUGCAAGAAAGUUCCCUAGGGAAGAUCCGGUGCUUGACAAAAUUGAUUCUGAACUCCUAUUUAGAGGUAAAGGCAUGCUUGUUCCAGGUGGGUGGUGCAUUGGAAGUCGGAAGAAUGGGACAGAUCCUUGCUCUGUCACAGGUAAUAUCGCCGUCCUCAGACCUACUGCAGGGGCAAAGAGGUUGGAGAAGUUGAUAGGAUCUCUCUUAUCGAAUGAGAAUUUCCGGUCCAACCAGUGCAUAUAGCAAACAUGCCUUAGAAAGUUGUUUUCUUAAUUAUAGUCUUCAGAGGAAAACAAGGAAUGCCAUGAUCUGAUUGUUUUCUUCUGCAAGAGACUGAUCUGAAUGUAUCCAAUCUGCAGUAAUGCUUGUAUUCUGCAGAGAAAAAUGGAAAAAAGAAAAAAUAUACAGUAAUGCUCCAGUAAUGCAAGGGCACGUGUAUCUGGUCUUUGUUGCUACAUGCCUUAGAAAGAGCAUGUAAUCCCCUCAUUCUGAAUUUUGUUACUUAAAUAGGAUGGAGCAUUUUGACGACGUGAGACCUUUGGGGAAGAGAAGUGUAUCAGGUUUGUUUCCGCUUCAAUUGUGAAACUACCGUGUAGUUAUAUCUUCUUUCUAUUAUAGGCUUGUAGAACAAGAUUAAUUGGAGUCUCAUCUAUAAGUUUUGCUCAUCAUUUAAUCUGGAAUUUCCCCCCUUCUAUUUUGAGUUUCA